AUGCAAUUUGUACGCAAGGCCGAAGAGGCCGUAACUAAGAACAAAGACGAGCCGCACGAGUCGACUCAGUCCUCCAACCACGGACCCCACUCAUCAAACAUCGCCAACAAGGCUGAUCCCCGCGUGGACUCUGACCGUGAUCACCAUGCAAGCCAUGGGACUGUCCCUGGCGGUGUUGGCCUUGGAUCUACUUACUAUACCACCAGCACCAAUGCUGGUCCCCAUAACUUCAACAUUGCCAACAAGCUUGAUCCGCGCGUUGACUCGAAUCAUGAUUCCUGCGCUACCCACCAGUCCCUUUCUAGUACUAAGGCUAGAACUACCACUCAUAGUUCUCACACUUGGGACGGAAAUUGA